AUGGAAAUUGACUCGAAAACUCCAAAGGAUACUUUCAAUAAAAACCCCAAAACUCGUACAAGCUAUGGUCUGCCAUCUGCAUCAGUGUGUCCAGAUUUACCUCGAGGAUCAGUAUCAAAUCUUGUCGAUCUAUAUGAAAAAAGGAUCAGAAAAAAUUCUCCAAAGAAUUCUUAUGCCCCUGGAAGAGCAGACGAUAGAUCUUUUAACACAAAUUCAAAAUCUGCGACAACAAAUCCUUCAAAUGAGCUUCCCGACCAUGAAGUUAUUAGCAAAAAUGAAUUAUCCGUCCAAACUGAAGACUGAAAUGAUUUAUUGGAGCGUCAGAAAAACAUAUCCUCAUCUUAUUCACAAAUUUACCAGCUGGAAAGUUUUCUUAACGCAAGCACGCUCAAAGAAACUGGGGUUCUUAUAUCAGCAGAGUCUAUUUUACACCACAGAAAGGACGCUUUAAAUAUUUAUAAACAGUUUACGACUAGUAUUAUGCCAUCUUUUGAUAAAGAUCAGAAAAAUGGUAGCAUUUUAAAUUAUAGCAAUAUAGAUAGGUGGAAAGGAAGGAGAAAUAGCGAUAUAAAUAUAAUUCCUAAUUCCCGGAAUGAAGAUUAUUAUCAAUCAUUUGUUACAGAAGUUGAUUUAUUGUGUGUUAAUUGUUAUGAGUGUAUUCCGAUAAAUGAAGUUAAUAAGCAUUCACAUGUAUGUACUGUUCCAAAGGUGGAGGAAAAUGAAUGUAUUUAUAUAGAUGCAAGGGUUAGGAAAAUAGUAAAUGCAAUAUUUUCAAGAGUUAUUGAAGCUUCUGGAGAGCGGCUUACAGUGCUAAAACAUUUGCAAGAUUUAGGAAAUGCAAUAUUGACACAAUCAAUGGUAUAUUGUAUAUAGAAACCUGUGAAGAUUUUAGAACAGCUCUCAUCAAUUUCAAAUCUGGAUAAUAUCCCUAAGAUAGGUGCUUCGUGUAUUGUGUUUGCAAAAAGGCUUAUCCAUCUGAUGGAAAGCAGAAUCCGAAUUAAGCGUAACGAAAAAUUUAAAAAGUCCACACUUGCAUCAAUUGAAGAUAAUUCUCCAGAAAGUAAUAAGGAUCUUGCUAAAUGAAAAUUCAAGCCUGAUAUGCUCCACCACAUAGCACGUCCGACUGGCCUAAGUAAAGUUUCAAGCGGAGUUGGCUCACAUUUUGAAAGACCAAGUGGAGAUUCAUAUAUCUCUAAUAAUCAAGACGCUAAUCCAAGCUUCUCAGAAAAUAAUUCUCAUACCUUAGAAGAAUACUCAAAUGAAGAGCUAGAAAAAUAUUUUUUCACAGUGGCUCUAUCGAAAAAAAUGGAAUUUCCGACAAAUCACCCUGUGAAUACUGUCAGUAUUUCGCAGCUUUUCAAGAAAUGUAAAGCUGAAAAUAUUCCACCGGCUUAUUGGGAUAAUUAUAUUGUAUCAGAGUACUCAAAGUUAUGCUAA